UCAACUUGGAAAACAACAUAGAGCCUCUUUUGCUCCUCCUAUUAAAAAAAGUUCAAUUCCAUUUGCUUUGAUUCAUUCUGAUGUAUGGGGUCCCUCACGUUUUGUGUCUUUAAAAGGUCAAAAAUGGUUUGUUACUUUCAUAGAUGACUGUUUUAGGGCCACUUGGGUAUAUCUGAUGAAAGAUAACAGUGAGGUGUUUUCUGUAUUUCAAAACUUUCAUAAAAUGGUGUGCACUCAGUUUGGAGCGAUUGUCAAAAUUUUGCGUUUGGGGAAUAUAUUGACGCUGGUCUUGCAGUUAUUUCACAACUCAUGGCAUUGUUCAUCAAACUUCUUGCACUAACACCCCUUAACAAAAUGAUGUUGCCGAACGAAAAAAUCGCCACCUCCUUGAUUUGGCCUGUUGUCUAUCCUUUGAAAUGCGUGUUCCUCGAUCCUAUUGGGGGGAAGCGGUUCUCACUGCAACUUAGUCUUCCUACCCAAGUCCUUCAAAAACUAACCCCUCUUCAAGUUUUGUCUAGGUCCACCUCUUCUGGGUUCUCCAUUCCACCUAAGACCUUUGGAUGUGUUUGUUUUGUCCAUAAUCCUUCACCUUACCAUGGUAAAUUGGAUCCUAAGUCUCUUAAGUGUGUUGUUCUCAGUUAUUCUCAAAAGGAUUAUAAGCGUUAUCAUCUUCCCAUUCGCAAAUGGUUCGUCUCCAUGGAUUCUUUGAGUCUCAGUCUUACUUUCUAUCCUCCCUAGUGUCACAGUCAUCCCUUCAGGGGGGCUUUGGUGUGAUGAGAUUCCCGUUCCACUACCGCCAGUGGUUGAACAGAUAGAGGAUGAUAAGUCUGCUGUUGUUGUGGAAAAGGAAGCAAGCAAAGUUUAUGUCAGAGACAAGGAUAGACAGAAAGUCACCUAGAUGCAAGAGACUACUUCCUUCCCUCUACUGCCAACUUCUUCUUCGGAUGAGUGUCCAGAGUCAACACCCUCUCUUGAGAGUCCAGUUGAAGCACCUGAGACAAAACAGGAAAACAUAACGCUGGGCAUUUGGCGUUGCCCCAUUUGUACAUUUGAUAAUGAAGAGGGUAUGUCUGCAUGUGAUAUUUGCGGGGUUCUUCGUAAUCCUUUGGGUAAUGCUUGCAGCAAUGGAAAUAAGAACACAGUUGAUGGCAUGCGCAAAGAUUCUGGAGCAUCCAUAAUGGCCAGGUCUCUUUUUGCAUCAUUGCCGCGCCUGAUACCUAACAAGCCUGAAACUUUUCAGCUACGGAAUGACAAUUUUUUGAUGGAAGAGUGCAAUAGCUUCUGUAAGCUUGGCAAUAUCCAAGGACAUUCUAAUGAAUUGCAUAGGGCUUUUAGCUUACGAAAACAUAUAGGGCCUUUCAAGUUUGAUGUACCAUCUCCAGAUGAUUUGGUAUCAAAAGGAUUGCGUUCGUCCAAAGUGGGUUCAAAAGCCAACGUCAACAAAUUAUCUUCUUCGGAUGUCCCUUCAAGUGUCACAGAGAAGAAAAUUGCAGUUGAAUUGCGAUCAGAUGCUAAAAGCUUUGAUACCUCUUCAGCAUUUAUAUCAGAUAACAGACAUGGUAGCAUAGGGGAGGAUACUCAUUCUCUGUCGAAUGAGGUUCAGUCACAAAGUCUUUCAAGUAGUCUGAAUACUGUCAAAUCUGGAUCCUCAAAGAAUGUCAGUGCUAGAAGAGCUGUGUCACAUGCUCAAUAUAAACCUGAGAAAUGGAUGCUACCUGACCAUGCAGAAGAUAGAUUGACACAACUGAAUCUUGCCAUUGUCGGCCAUGUUGAUUCUGGAAAAUCAACACUGUCGGGAAAGCUGCUGUACCUUUCGGGCCGAAUAUCCCAAAAGGAAAUGCACAAAUAUGAAAAGGAGGCUAACCUACAAGGAAAGGGCUCCUUUGCUUUUGCAUGGGCUUUAGAUGAGAGUGCUGAAGAAAGGGAGAGGGGAAUAACAAUGACAGUGGCAGUUGCCUAUUUUGACUCCAAAAGGUAUCACGUUGUGCUGCUUGACUCUCCAGGCCAUAAAGACUUUGUGCCAAACAUGAUAUCUGGGGCAACACAAGCGGAUGCUGCAAUUCUUGUUAUAGAUGCCUCGAUCGGUUCAUUUGAAGCAGGCAUGGACAGCACUGGGGGGCAAACAAGGGAGCAUGCACAACUCAUUAGAAGUUUUGGUGCUGAUCAAGUUAUUGUUGCAAUUAACAAAAUGGAUGUUGUGGAAUACUCCAAGGAACGUUUUGAUACAAUUAAACUGCAACUUGGAACAUUUCUCCGCUCAUGUGGUUUCAAGGAUUCUACUCUGUCAUGGGUCCCUUUGAGUGCUAUUGAAAACCAAAAUUUGAUGGAGGCUGCUUCUGAUGCACGAUUGGUGUCCUGGUACAAGGGACCCCCUCUGUUGGAUGCAGUAGAUUCCCUCAAACCACCUGCUAGAGAUUAUUCAAAGCCUCUAUUAAUGCCCAUAUGUGAUGUUAUCAAAUUGCAGACACAAGGGCAGGUGUCUGCAUGUGGGAAGUUGGAGGCUGGAGCACUUCGAAGUGGAUCUAAGGUUCUAGUUAUGCCAUCAGGGGAGAUGGGCACAGUGCGUUCCUUGGAACGUGACUCUGAGGCUUGUGCCAUUGCAAGAGCUGGAGACAACGUGGCAGUUUGUUUGCUUGGCAUUGACGGAAGUAGUGUGAUGGCUGGGGGUGUGCUGUGUCACCCUGUUUUUCCAGUUGCAGUUGCAAAGAAUUUGGAACUGAAGAUUCUCAUACUGGAUGUUGCAACCCCUAUUUUAAUCGGGUGUCAGUUAGAAUUUCACAUACACCAUGCGAAGGAGGCUGCUAGAGUGGUAAAGAUAUUGUCAUUGCUUGAUCCAAAGACUGGGAAGGCGGUUAAGAAGGCACCGCGACGUCUAUUAGCGAAGCAGAGUGCAGUAGUUGAGGUGGCUCUUGAAGAAGCGGUUUGUGUAGAAGAGUUCUCAUCAUGUAGGGCUCUUGGGAGGGUGUUCCUCAGAGCAUCAGGAAGAACUGUUGCCGUUGGUGUUGUAACUCGAAUAAUAGAGGACCUGCAGCAGCAGCAGGAGGAAUAGUUAGUUCUUUUUUCUGUACAUGAGACUUUCUACUUCCUUCGUCACGGAAUAGUUUACUUUGGCAUGAGAGAUUUUCAGGGCCAGUGUUGUUUUGCAACUUCAACACAACCAUUGAAUCCACAAGGCAAAAAUACAUGCUCUGUGAAGAGCUGGUUCUACUCAAAAGUGCGGUUCUGCUUCUACUUCUGCUUCUUAAAAAUGUAAGUUCUGUUAACAAUGGGAGGAAUUUCUUGGGUAGGUUAUGACAUGAUUGUAGGUUACAGAUGAGUGUCAGUACUUGCACUCGCGGAACCGGCUAGUUCUCAGAGGCUAUGUGUAAAUUAAUUUUGUUUAUUUAUUUAUAUUGCAUGUAAAAACAGCGGCGGGGUAGGUAAAGAAGUUUAAAUUUACCCCCUCGGUUUGGAUGGAUUUUCAAAUGAAGGAAUUUGAGAUUGAAUUUUGUAAAAA